AUGACAGCACCCAGAGGCUUCAUCUUCUUCGCACUGGUGACCUUCACCGUGGGUUUAAUGUUGAAGUACGCAUCAGAGAUGACCUCUUCAAAUCCACUCAUUCGCAAACCUCCAUGGCAACAAAUCGCCAAGGACAAACGGCUGGCGGACCUUGCCAAGAUACCACCUUCUUGGCGUCUCGGCGAUUCCAUACUAAAGGACGCCAAGAAACGUUCAAGCAUCGUAGGGGACUUUAUCGAUGAGCUUCUUGAUGAAGAUUCACGCCGAAUCACCGGUUUGGAUGUGUCUGAUUUAAUUAGCAUGAUGGGCAACAAAUCUCUCACAGCAGUGGCAACCGUCAGCGCCUUCAGCAAACGUGCAGCGUACGUGCAUCAACUGACCCAGAAUAUGCUCGAAAUCGGCUUCGAUCUCGCUCUGCGAAGAGCCGAAGAGCUCGACGAACAUUUCGAACGGACUGGAAAUCUUGUUGGACCUUUGCAUGGGAUUCCUCUGACCUUGAAAGAUCAAUUUCAUAUCAAAGGACUUGGGACAUCGAUGGCCUAUGUUGGCUGGAUCGACACAUUUGAGGGCAAGACCGGAACAGGGAAGGAGAAAGUAUUCGAAAGUCAAAUUAUCAAGGACUUUUAUGCACUCGGAGCCAUCCCACUAGGCAAGACAUCACUAGUCACAAGUUUAUGGUCUCCUGAGACCAACAACAAUAUUCUGGGUUACCAGUGGAAUCCUCACAAUCAACGGCUAUCCUCUGGUGGUUCAUCAGGAGGUGAGGCUGUGAUGCAGGCCAUGAGAGGGAGCGCAUUCGGUAUUGGAACGGAUAUCGGUGGCUCAGUUUCCAUGCCUGCAUCUUACAACGGGGUUUUCAGCAUCAAACCAUCCUCGGGCCGGAUGUCCAUGAAAGGCGUCGCAAACACGGCUCAAGGACAGCAGGUCAUGCCAACCACUCUGGGAAUUAUGGCUCAUUCAGCCUCCACACUUCGUCUGGUACUGGAGUCUGUGCUCUCCAAGGAGCAAUGGCGAGAAGACCCAUAUGUGGUGCCUCUUCCAUGGAGAGAUCCCGAGGAGCGCCAGCCAAAAGCCGAUACCAGCAGUGCCGAAAUCACUUUUGGGUUGAUGAAAGCUGACGGCAUUGUGACUCCCCAUCCUCCCGUUUCUCGUGCUCUUAAAAUUGUCGAACAAGCUUUGCGGGAAGCAGGACACCAACUCCUUGAUUGGCAACCACCGUCAAAUGGCAUCUCAGAUAAGAUCCAUGGUCCAGUGGCAAGAGGCGACGGGUGUCCAGAUGUUUGGGAAGCUCUCCAGCUCUCUGGAGAGCCUCCAGUGCCACAAAUUGCACGAUUGUUCGAAGGCGGUGGGCCUAAACCACCAAUUCCACUCCCGGAGUAUGAAGACGUCGUUGUUCUGAUGAAAGAGUACCGCACGAAUUACCAAGAGUACUGGGCCUCGUCUGCAACAAGAACACUCAGCGGCCAGCCGGUAAGUGCUGUGAUCCAGCCGGUGUCUCCCUACGCUGCUGUGCUGCCAGGCAAGUUCUACUAUUCCGCUCGAUAA